AGAAUAAUGGCAACAACGAUUCGGUCGAAUGGAUUACAACAUGCGAUAUCAUUAGGGAACAUCGAAGUAUCAGCGAAGACAAAUAGCUACCAUACGCCAAGUCGAUGCUACGAUUCGGAAGAUGAAAAUAUGGGCCGAAAAAAGCCUCCUCCGUCGCAAGCGACGGGGUUGUAUCCAAGAACGUCUGUCUACUCAAAAGGAGACAUACGCGAACAGUAUUGUUUGACAGACAGACAAGUAAGUUCAAUCGAAAGACCGAGACGUGAGAGGUUUUUUGGAUGCUGGUCGGGAAGGAGUGCUCCACAAUCAUUUUUAGGCGUAUGUGUGGGACGACGGGCGCCCUCUGAUGAAAAUAUUGCCGACUACGCUCCAUUUUAUAAAUAUCCAAGAUACCAUCAACACGAUGGAGUGCAGUACGAUGAAGACUUAGAUAGUUCCUAUUUUCGACGACGUCCGACUUCUAUUUUAAGUACAAGCAGCAGUAGUGCCCAAGUCGAUGCCAAACGCUACACGUGGAUGCCAGCGGAUGAGGAGGCUGUACGUUUAGAAGGUCCCAGACCAAUUUGUUCCGACUACGAUGACUUCCAACGAGGACCAUACGUUGUUGGAUCAUAUCCACCGAAACCGUACCUAAGCCAAAGCACCGAACAAAUUGCCGGACUUUAUCGAUGUCCUGCACACAUUGGCUUACCACCACCACCUCCGCCACCUGCCGCAUCUGUAGAUACAGCCGCAUCAAGAACGAAACACGUCAGCUUCGCUCGUUCGCAUACUUUGACGUCAUUCGAUGAGGCUGCAUCGCUAGGUUUAAGGUCAUCGGGUCGACUGAGUUCGGCCCGCAGUCAAGAACGACUCAUCGGUGGUAAGAAACCAACAAUCACCUCCGGCCAACUACAAAAGCAACCGCAACAACUGCAGCAACCCCAGCCUCAUCCCCCAACACAAAUUACGAUGGCACCACACCAAAUGCAGGAAAUUCUCCCGCCUCCUAUCGGAUUCCAUCAUCCCACUCUACACCAUCAUGUCCACCACCAACAACAGCAACAACCACCUCCUCCGGCUGGACCAUUGCAUCAGCACCCCACCGCGGCAGCUCUCGUACAGCAAUUGCAGCAACAACCGCCGCUAGUUAUGCAGCAACAUCAAGGCGAAACAUCUGCCUCCAACCAAGGUCCCAUGAUGGUUAUGCAGCAACCCCCUCAACCUCAAUCCGAAGUUUUCGUCGUGGAAAAGAUUAAACGUAACGCCAUGAAAACUCAAGCCACUCAAACCGACGUCUAUUUAAAUCGCAAGGGUGUGACCCCGCAUCAGUUAUCCCUGAGUCCCAGGACUAUACAUCGAGUAAGAAUGGUUUCGCAAGGUGCUCAAACUAAUGGCAUUCUGAAUGGGCGUAAAUUGACGAAGAGUCUGUCAGAAAUGUCUGGCGGCAGAAGUCAGGAUCAAACUGUUACCCUGGAUGAACCGAAAACACUAUCCGAGCAUGAACAACUUCAUCGAACAUAUUCAGAGGAACCACCACGUUCACCACUUAUGGUUCCCACUGCCCAUUACGAUGAACGCUUUUUUGACCAAGUGCCACCAUCGCGGCCUGUAUCAUCCUCUCGGAACGCAACGGACCAAACUUCCAUCCAUUCCCGUAAUCACUCCCAGGAUAGUGUGGCAUCGUACCGGUCAUCCGAUAUGACAAUAAUGACACCGGCCUCGUCAUCAAUGGGUUUCUCCUAUGGAACCGGCAUCGGACGUGGCCCCAUUUCCUCGACCCAGAGUGUUGCCAGCACAGCUACAACAACAGCAUCGACAACGAAAACGUCUCAGGACAUGGCCAGAAGUUUGUCACGUGCAGCCAGUGCAAGCAUGAGCAGCCAUGGCACAUUUGACUACGAAUCGAAUAGUUUACCGCGUCGUACGUGUGGUCAUCAUCCUCGAGAAGAAUUCUACACAUAUAGUUUGCCCCGCGCCCCGACUACAUAUCAUCAACACGAAGUCUGUAGACACGUGACGGAAUGUUCGGAACUAUUAAACGGUACAAUUGUCGCAGGAGCUACUACGUUUCAUAAGCCCAGGGUAUCCCGCGAGAGUUCAACGGAUUCGACAAACGUUGCCUUGGAACGAAGACGCGCCUCAGUUGGUCCAGAAAUAGCACCAAAAACUCAUGCCGUCCUUCGGAGACAGUCCAUGCCGUGGCAUUAUCAGCGCGUCCCUAUCCGAAUAGAAAGCAGGGACACGUCCGAGGAAGUUUGCUCCACAUGUGAAUCGGAAGGUGAUUCCGUUGGCCUGGAACGACAAAGUUUCGAGCACGUCGAUGAAGAUGGAGUAGCGAAGGAUGAGGACGACGACGACCAAGAAGAACAAGAAAUAUUUAUAGAUUUCAAGCCACAUAUAUCGCCCACGCCCAGUCCUCGUACACGACGAAAGAAACUCCAAAAAACAUUAUCCGAGGGUGAAAUUCUCUUGGAAAAACGUCAAGGACAACGAGACAGUCUCGUACCUGCAGCUUCAGCAUCAGAGGAAGAUUUAACUUCACAAACGAAUCCUCCCACUUCCCAAGAAUAUCAAUAUCAAAAUCUUCCAAUCAAAGAUGAAGGAAUCUUCGAUAAGCAAAACUUAUUAGCACUCCCCGCGGAUAACCAGAACGGAACGGGAACUCUACGUCUCAAACGAGAAGCAUUUAGAAAGCGCUCGAUAAGUUUAGAAGAACCCACUGGCGAGCAAGAAAACCGAUUACCCAAAUCCACUCCCCCUUCCCCCUGUCAGGAGGAACUGUCGGCAGCAGUUCAAUCGGCAUAUCCUUCGACUGAUUCAUUGACCAACGAUUUGACUCGUGACCAUUCUGACGGGAUAUGGAAUGAAUCACAAGCAACAGUCCUUCAGGCUGAACCUAGGGAAAAUGAACUAGUACCGCCCCUCUUGACACCCUCGUCACGCCGUAAACAUUUACUCCUUCAGCAUCAGCAACGAAGUUCCAUAGACACGGAUGCCUUAGACUUGGAAGAGCAAUUCUCAUCAGAUCAGUCAGUUCCUCACGUUCCAUCUCCAUUAUAUAAGCCAGCGUCAACACAAACGGUUUCACUGCCCAAGCCUUCUCCAGAACCACCGUCUACGUCUGGAAUACCAGUAGCCCCAAUAAUAAACACGCAAACCCCAUCAAUAACUGUGAUUCCCUCUCAAAGUAUCGAUGGUGAUGAUCAUCAGGUUCCAUUCAGAAUUCAACCAACAUCCAGACGUUCAUCGCGUACUCUUUCACCGGCCUUACAAGAAAGACGUAAAAUCGAACCAAUGGUUCAUGUUCACAGUCCACAGAGGCCAACGGACUCACCAGGUGAUGCAAUAACUCCACAGCUCGGAGAGCAAUUCUUGACCAGAGGAGAUUCUGGACCGAAAACAAAUACAGAUAUCUCUGAAUGUAGCACAAACACUGAUGAUUAUGUUACAUGCACAGAUAACUCGAAACGAGCCCCAGGUAUGAAGACUCCACCCACCACGGCAAGCUCAUCAUCUACACAAGUACCAGUUUCAGCACAAAGCUCACAAACUGCCACUCACGAUGGCGGUUCAUCCUUUGAAAGUGCAUCGUCGUUAUAUUCAACUCGUGGUGAUGGACUAUCAGAAGAACAUCCAAAUACUGAAGAUGCCAAUACAGCUACAGCUGAAUCAGCUCCUGCCACAGCUGUGCCAUCUCCGUCCCAUUCUGUGAGUAGUAGUUCCUCUGGUAGCUAUAAUUUAACCAAUCUUGCACGUAAAAAGGCGGCUUCUAAGACAACUUCACCCUUACGGGCAAGCGCCAUCAUUAGACCAACAAUCACAGCAAAAAAGAAGUCUGAAUCCAUCUCGGAGGAUGAGCGAAGUGAAAAAAGAUACUCAUCGUCCGGAUAUUAUGAGAGUCCGCAUGACGAAGAACAUAGGCAAACGAAAAUUCGGAAACCACGGGAUUGGAAUGAAGAGGAGCGACGGAGAAGAAGGAGCAAUAUGAAGUUGGAUAUCGAACGCGAGAACUUAAGAGCGUUAACUUCGCCAAUAAAAAAACCUAGUCCAGGAACUUUCAAACAAAUUUCACCAGAAGAUCGGACUGCGAUGAAUAUCCUCGAUGGAACGAGCCCUAACAAAGCUGGUAAACGUUUCAGACCCAAAGUACGGCGUCAAACGAGAAACCGAAGUACAUCAGGAGAAGACUCUCUUCCAAGGAAAACGAAAGUUGGUGCAACAAAAAGCCCAGAACGAUCAAAACAGAAUCAAACCCCCCAGUCUAUUGUCAUCAGUCCAUCACAGUAUUCAAAACCCCACAUCAGCCCCAAAAAGUCAAAAGAGGAUUCCGGUUCGGAGAAGCGGCUGAAAGCAAAGUCAUCGGAAUCGUUGCGCUCAGUUUCACCCGGCUCGGAUUCAGUGUUUUAUAGUGAAGCAGACCUAGCACCCGAUCAACAAGUCCACUGUUCCCAUUGCGGCAAAGAAGUCGAAAUUGUUACUGCUGUAUCCGGAUCACAGGAGUCCAUAGCUGUCGCCACUGAAGAAGAUAAUGGUAAUGGGCCGGAUAUCGUUAAACCUCCUGCGGACUUUGCAGACUCACCCGUAACCACGAAGACGUCGCAACGAUUGUACAAAAAAAUGGAUAAGAGAUUUCGCUCGGAAGAGAGGCACGGCGACCGAAGGCACUAUCGGUCAAGGCAGGAGAAUGCUAGGGCCAAGAGCGAAGAACGAGGGAAAGACCAAGUUUCGAAUAGUUCACCUAUUUUACGACCAGCUGGUUCCAGCCCCUGUGUGAUGCCUGACAGAUCAUCGAGUAUAAGAUCACAUAAUAGUGACAGCAGCGAGCAAGGUAUCUUCCAUGGAAAUUACCGUUUAGGUUUAUGGGUUUGGCUAACCGAUCGUGAUAUUUGGCAACAGCAUGACCUUAGAAAUAUAGAUCGUUCACGUGCAACACUCGAGAAGCGGGGAUCAAUCGAAUCAGAAGAAGAAUUUCGAAAAAAGUUUCAGUCAACAACACAUCGCCUGGUUCAUAGGAAAUCAUGUUUUGAAAUGUACCGUCGACAGACAUCGAACACCUUCUCGACUGACAAAACUAUCACCGUCAGCAGUAAAACAGGAGAAUUCGGCUUUCGCAUUCAUGGCUCUAAACCAGUGGUUGUGUCCGCUAUUGAACCAGAUACCCCGGCAGAAUGCUGUGGACUGGAAGUAGGAGAUAUCCUGCUGUCCGUCAACGGAAUUCCAGUUAUCGACAAGAAUCAUUCAGAAGUUGUGAAAAUUGCUCACGAUGGUUGUGAUACAUUAGAAAUUGAAGUUGCCCGCACUAUCGGCAUAUUGGCCGGCGAACAGGACACCACCUCGCCCGCUUUGUAUACAGGAUACUUGUGGCGGCAAGCGGGACAGACGAAGGGUUCGCCUCCAAAGUGGGUGCGAAGGUGGUUUUGUUUGAGACCGGAUCACUGCCUUUAUUAUUAUAAAUCUGAUGGUGAUAUACAACCAGUUGGUGCUGUCCUUCUGACCAACCAUACUGUGGAGCGUUGUUUAAAGGACGCUGGGAAGCCGCAUGCAUUUAAGAUCGAUUCUGGAGAUGGAAGCGCUCUGUUUUUGGCUGCUGAUACAGAAGAGGCUGCAAACCGAUGGAUCGCCGUUAUGAGUCACGCAUCAUCCCAGAGUGACCCAUGGCUGGAGGCCAGCACUCGAUACCUGCGAUUACCGGCAUCAAAUAUACCAAAGUCUGACUGUUUUGGUUAUCUUAUGAAACUUGGAAGCAGGUGGCGAGGCUGGUCAAAGCGAUAUUGUGUCUUGAAAGAUGCUUGCCUUUAUUUCUAUCAAGAAUCCGGAAGCAAGAACGCGCUUGGAAUGGCAUGCCUGCAAGGAUACCGAGCUCAACCUUAUUCAAGCAGCACAAUUGGGAAGAAGUUUGUUUUCGAACUGGUGCCAUGUGAGGGUAAAUUAAGACAUUUCUACUUCAGCACAGAAUCUGAACUAGACAAGAAGAGGUGGAUAGCUGCACUUGAUUACUCGAUAGAACGCUGGAUGAAAGCGGGUUAAUUCCAAGUUGGUAGAAAACCAAAUUCAUAAGAUUGUCUUGAUAGAGGCCCCAUGAUUUCAAAAUAUCUGUAAAGAAAAGUGUGAAUAUAAUACUGUAGACCUACUAAGUUUACUUUAUUCCUAAACUGAACCACAUUUUUCAUUUACGUUAAAACUAACUCAAAACGCAUUGAAAUCGAUAUUCGCUUAUCAGAAAAAUGCCUUCAAAAAUCUCCAUAAUUUCAGGCAGAGAAAAAAUUUAUUUACAGAACGAGAAUUCCCUUAAAUAUAUAUUUAAAAACUACUCCUUAAGAAAGGGACUGAUAAAAGUAGUGAAAAUAAUUGUUAAUAUAAUGUCGAGUGAAGUUGAUAUUACUGUGUAAUGAAUAAUAAUC